GUACACACCUUUACUCCGAACCGUUUACACAUACAACCUAGAGUUCUGUCAAGUGUGAAAAUGAAAAGUUCUGGAGAUCAAAGGAAAAGAGUGGCCAGGUGUCACAGUGAUCACCUCACGGAGAAGGGACGGGUUCGUGUGGUGAGAGGUACCGGAUCUAUAGAUCUCCAGUACUCUAAGCAUAUAGCAAACCAUUGCAAGAAUUAUCUAGGACACAACGAGGAUCUUAUCGUUACCCCCUUCGCUCAGAUCCUGGCUAGCCUACGUACUGUCAGAUCUAACUAUAUUUCACUCACAAACCUACCCGCAAAGAAUAGGAAUGAAAGAACAAAUACUCGAGAAUCCAACGCUAGUUUGCACAGAGCAGGAACAGAUGAGAUCAACAUGAGGCUAGCUCUAGAAACCCUGGAGGAGCUGGAUUGGUGUCUAGAUCAACUUGAAACCAUGCAAACACAUAGAAGUGUCUCCGACCUGGCCAGUAACAAAUUCCGUCGGAUGCUCAAUAAGGAACUCUCCCAGUUCUCCGAGAGUUCCAAAUCUGGAAACCAGAUUUCAGAAUACAUAUUCUCCACGUUCCUUGACAAACAGCACGAAAUGGAUCCAGGAACAGAGGAACAGGAACCCUUCCAGACGGUUCGGAGACACACACCAUCUCCCGAGGUUUCCAGCAAGAAGAAAAUUAUGUCGAAAAUAACAAUUCACCAGGAUGAGGUUGAACCCAGUAUCCUGGAGGGUAGUAUACCUGCACUAGGAGUACAUACUAAUCAUCCAACAGAACUAGCCACACUUCUUAUAGAUGUUAACAGCUGGGGAAUGAACGUGUUUGCUCCCGGAGAAUUGAUCAAGGAUCAAAGAAUUCUUACCUGUGUUACUUAUAAAAUAUUCCAGGACCGUGAUAUAUCCCGGAGUUUCCGUAUUCCUGGUGAUACCCUGAUAAACUUCCUGAUGACCCUAGAAGAUCACUACCUGAAACAUGUUCCCUAUCAUAACAACUACCAUGCUGCAGAUGUUACCCAAUCCACACAUAUCCUUCUCCGCUCUCCAGCUCUAGAGGGUGUAUUUACUCCUCUUGAGGAACUUGCUGCUCUACUCGCUAGUUCUGUUCAUGAUGUUGAUCAUCCAGGACUCACUAAUCAGUACCUUAUCAAUACUAGUUCUGAGCUGGCCCUGAUGUACAACGAUGAAUCUGUUCUAGAAAACCAUCAUCUCGCGGUCGCAUCAAAAAUUCUUCAGAAUCAAAACUGCGACAUUCUCUCCGCCUUGUCGAACAAGCAGAGGAUGUCGGUUCGAAAGAUGAUGAUCGACAUGGUGCUCGCGACGGAUAUGAGUAAGCACAUGAGCCUGCUGGCGGACCUGAAGACUAUGGUUGAGACGAAGAAGGUUGCUGGUAGCGGAGUUCUCCUCCUGGAUAAUUACAAUGAUAGGAUCCAGGUUCUACAGAAUAUGGUUCAUUGCUCCGACCUAUCCAACCCAACCAAACCUUUGAAGCUCUACAGGCUCUGGGUGGACAGGAUCAUGGACGAGUUCUUUAUGCAGGGAGAUAAGGAGAAGGAGGCCGGGAUGGAUGUAUCACCGAUGUGUGACAGGGACAACGUCACAAUAGAGAAGUCCCAGGUUGGGUUCAUCAACUAUAUUGUGCAUCCUCUAUGGGAAACCUGGGCGGAGCUCGUCUAUCCUGAUGCACAACAGAUCCUUGAAACCCUGGAAGAGAACAGGGCCUGGUAUGAGAAUAUGAUCCCCACCAGUCCCUUGGAUACCCUGGAGCUAAAGGAAGGGAGCAACGAGGACGAGGACGAACUAGAUGAGAACGUUUUACGCUCUCCCGACGAUGAUGAAGACGACCCUGAGCUAGAGAAUCCUUGUGAAGAAGCGUCCCCUAAAGAGGAGGAGGAACCAUGACCCUGAGAAAUAAGAAGGUUCGGAGCUGAACUCCUAAUUUAAGAUUCCUGGUUUAGGUUCAUGUUUCUCCUCACAAUAAUUGGAAUAUUUAUUAUAUUGACAACGUAAGAGACCUAUAUUUGUUAAAUGUAUGUAAAAUUGUAUAUUAUAAAUAUCUAAUACAUAUGUUACUGUUUUGAUUUA